CCACCUCCUGUCAACUCGUGCGACCCUGCGCAUCAUGCUCGACGUCGUCGCAUAGUCAUCUCGCAAAAGGGCUCAGCUGAAGGGUCUAGGCUCAGCUCGACCAUUACCUCAGCCCACGCGAGCUUGUCGCCCGCGAUGAUGGUCGCCUCACCCGCUCCGUCGCCUCGCGCGACUCAGCAUCCCACGAGGAGCGCGCCAGCAAAUCUCGCCAUGCUGGCGGAUGCAUCCGCCUUCACCCUGCCCCAACAUAUGAGCACGCCAGCAUCGACUGCCCAUCCAAUCGAGGCGCUCACUCCCUCGACGGCCUUUCAAGAGAUUGCCCAACUGUACUCCUCGCCUGCUGGCAAGGCAGCGCCGCAAGGCGCUCAGUCCAGGAGGGUGGCGUUCGACAACGCGCACGAUAGCGCCGAGGAGGAGGACGACGACGAGGACAACGACGAGGAGGAGCAUGACUAUGACUCCAGCGAAGGAGAAGAGGGGGAGGAGGAGGACGGCAGCGAGGAUGUAGACGACGACGGGGAGGAGGAGGAAGACGAUGACGUGGAAGACGAAGGCGAGGAGCGUCAAGAAGGCGAAGCAAUUGAGGUGGCAGAGGAGCCUCCUAUCGACUGGGAGAGCGUAGAUGCGACCGCCUUCUUCAAUCUCUAUUUCAACACCAACAACGGGGCCGACACCUCGAGUUCGAGCAGGACUCAGCUCAAGCCUCCGACGCCAGCUCCAGCCUUUUCACCUAAUGGAUCGGCGAUACCCCAAGCUCACCCGCAGCCGCAACCGCAGUUUCAGGCUGCCUGGGAGCAGCCCGCUUUCGCGACGGCCACGUCACCUUAUGCGUCAGCACCGACGCCGCAACCGGAUUACGGCGCGGCAAUUGACCUCCUCACCACCGUCCUGGGAUCGGGUCAAGAAGUCCCGCCCGAGGUUCUUACCAUGAUCUUUAGCUCUAUUCAGACCAGUCUAGGGUACGGCCCAGCCACGACGCCCAGUGGCAGCGGGCUUGGCGAAAGAGGCGCAUCCUCGGGCAGCGUCGACAGCCUCGUGCCCAUUCUGCGCGAUCUCAUCGAGAAGCAGUCUCAACAGCAGCAGCGACUCCAGCAGCGCCAAGCUCAGCAGCAGCAGCAGCAGCAGCUCGCCGCCGCUACUCCCCCUGGGCAAGCCGUCACCGCGUUGAGCGAUUGGCAGUCCCUCUUCCCCUCUCUCGCGCCGGGGCAGGGCAUCAAUCUAGAUGACGAGGAGGACGACGAAGACAAUGACCCUUCAUACGUGCCCUGGACGGCCUCCUUUCCAGAUUUUCAUGGCUCCCCCACGUACCCCAAUAUUCCAGUGCAAGGACUCUCGCCUGCCGCGGCUGCGGCUCUGGCUGCGCAAGACCAGACUCGCCCCUACCCUCCAGCCGGUGAGGAGUCGGCGGGCAAGGAUGAGUCGCAGGGUGCGCAGACUGCUAUGCUGUACAGCUCGCAAGAGGGACGUCCAGCAGCCAAGCGUGUGCGCCUUGACGACAGCGUGCCCAGCUCGGGCGAUCGCGUGUCUACCCUCGCCUCAAAUCAAGGCACGCACUCCUCACAGCAAGCACACGCCUCCUCGUCCUCCGCUCCAAACACUGUCGAGAACCCUCUUGCCAACCCUCCAAAGAAGAAGAACAAUCGUGGCCGCAAGCCCGUCUAUCAGACUGACGCGGAUCGCAAAGCUGCCCGUCGCGAGUCGAGUCGCAGAGCUCAGCAACGCUUCAGGGACAGGAACAAGGCGCGUCGCAUCGCCGAGGGCGAUCCGAACAGUCGACGUGGGCCUGGACGACCGCCUCGGAAUGGCAGCAAAAGCAUCAGCGGAGCAGCGAAGCGGGACAGUCUUGAAUCGGCUGGAGCGGAAGACCUAAGGGUGGAGAAUCGUCGGCUUGCUGCUGAGGUGAAGCGGUUAAGGUCCGAGAAUGCGAGGCUGAAGGAGCGGCUGCGGGUAGGGAGGGAGGGUGAGCAUGGGGUGCGCCAUAGCCAGGAUGCGCAGAGCGAUUUCAGCGGCGACGAUGACGACGAAGAUCAGUCGAUGUACAGCGAAGAGGACGAGGGCAGUGAGGGGGAGGAUGGUGACGAAGAGGGGGAUCAUGUGGACAGCGGCCGCGAUUCGUCACAAGAGGGUCACGCGAGGGGCGCUCACCAUCGGCACAAUGGGGACCAAGCCACUAACGUCAGCGCCAGCAAGAGGGUGAACGGCCACGCGGUACGUGGGAGAGCUGCCACCGCCGGGCGCGUUGGUAUGCAGGCCAUCGAUCCAAGGCAGCUUCAGAGCUCGCAGUAGCGCACACCAACGUAGGGCGCUAGUCUGCAGGAGCGGGAGGAAUGUGGGCUGCUCGACGUCUGCAGGGUAGAGCUGAGAGGCACGGGCUGCCCUACCUUUUCUUUGUCACCUAUCCAUCAUAAUCUCGACUCGAAUAUACCAAUCCAUCGCACUCGACGUGAGGUACAGCACGCUGCUCGUCGAGUCGCAGUAGGCUGCCCUCGCCUGCUGACAUAAGCACUCCUCCGCCCGUCUGUCAACCACGUGGCGUCCGUCGCUGAAUUUUGGCCGCGGCGGCUCGAGAUUGGCCCUCGCGACUCUCUUG